GGAAAAAAGCGGAAGUAGGUGUAAGACAAAGCGGAAGUUUCGUUGAUGUGCGAUGACUAUUAGCUAAAAACCAAGUACGCUAGAUUCCUAAAAACUAGACUGAAUAACCGUAAUUUCUUUUUUGUACUUCGUUUAUCUAUUUUUUCAAUUUUUUACUUAUCCGACCAUUCAAAAUGGGAAGGAGCAGGAGUCGAACUCCUCCAAGACGUGAGAGAAGACGUUCCCGCUCCGCUUCACGAGAACGCGAUCGAAGGAGAAGGGAGCGAGAUCGGUCUCGGGAUCGAGAUCGCGAGAGAGACAGGAGAAGAAGUCGUUCCCGAUCUCCUCACAGGAGGCGAUCAAGGUCUCCCCGACGCCAUCGUUCCUCCUCAAUCUCUCCUUUGAGACAAAAAGACAGACGCGAAGAUGAACGUAAAGACAUGAAGUCAUCCAAGCCCAUUCAAAUAUCAGCUGAGGACAUGCAAGGCAAAACUGAAGAAGAAAUUGAGAUGAUGAAAUUGAUGGGAUUUUCAACAUUCGACACCAGUAAGAGAAGAGCUGUCUCGUGGGAGCAGGGCAGUCAGACUGGGAAGAAAAGUGAAGGAUCGACCAACGCAUAUGCUGUCAAUGUGACCAUGAAGAGAAAAUACAGGCAGUACAUGAACAGAAAAGGUGGGUUCAACAGACCGCUGGACUUCAUCGCAUGAAAGUUCCAACAUCUUUGCCGCUAUAUUCCUGAAACUUACCUUUUGAAUUACCUGACAAGGAUAGAUGGUUUGCUUUUUGUUAUUUUGCAAUCUUUUGUGUGGGAUGCUUUUGUAUAUACAGUACAUUUAUGAUUCAUAAAUGGUAGUGCUUAUGUUAUGAUGCAAAUCCAUUGCAAACAUGGGGACUGAAGCUGUCCUGGCAUGACUUAAGAGAGUAGUUAGUUGUGUGAAACCAUUUAAAUAAAAUCAUUUUUAAUGUC